UCUGACAUCAUAGAGGCUAUACUUUGAUCUACGGACAAAUCUAAGAUUUCUACGUUUUGCAGAAAUCUAGGGUUUUUGUCAUAAUUUGACCACAUAAAUACUCAAACCCCCGCACUCAAUUCUCCCCUCUUUUCAGCUUUGCUUCAAAUUUCGAUCUCAUUUCCCCUAAAUUCCGUCUUUUUUAUUCAAAUUCCCCAUAAAUGGCCGUCACUUUCUCAGAUCUCCACACCGAAUCUGGCCUUAAAUCCCUUAACGACUUCCUCACCGGCAAAUCUUACAUCUCUGGGGAUAAGCUGACUAAGGAUGACAUAAAAGUUUAUGCUGCUGUUUUGAAAAAUCCUGGUGAUUCAUUUCCCAAUGUGAGCCAAUGGUAUAACUGUGUGUCUUCCCAUCUCGCUGCUAGCUUCCCUGGGAAAGCUGUUGGCGUUUCACUUGCUGGCAAAGCUGAUCCAGCUCAAUCUGCUGAAGCUAAGUCUCCUGCUGCGGAUGACGACGAUGAUGACUUGGAUCUGUUUGGCGAUGAAACAGAGGAGGAUAAGAAGGCAGCAGAGGAAAGAGAAGCAGCUAAAAAGUCUGCUAAGAAGAAAGAGAGUGGAAAAUCUUCAGUACUGAUGGAUGUUAAACCAUGGGAUGACGAGACCGACAUGAAGCAGUUGGAAGAAGCCGUUCGAUCCGUUGAAAUGCCUGGACUUUUAUGGGGAGCAUCAAAAUUGGUUGCGGUCGGAUAUGGGAUUAAGAAGCUCCAGAUCAUGCUUACAAUAGUUGACGAUCUUGUUUCUGUUGAUACCCUUAUCGAAGAAUACUUGACGGUCGAGCCUCGCAAUGAAUAUAUUCAGAGUUGUGACAUAGUUGCAUUCAACAAAAUUUAGACAAGGACGACCCAGUUUUUCUUCUUCUUCUUCAAGAAAUGUUGAAGCGUAAGCCGAUUUUCAGCCAUGUUUGAAACUUUUUGUUCCUUGCUUUACCCUUAUAUUAUUAUUUUUAUUUUGCAAUCUGAAUUGCUAAUUUGCUUUAGAUUUGAGAAUUAGAUAUAUGGGUAAAGAACAACUUCUUGUUUUUGCUGAAAUGGUGGUAUUGUGGUAUUAAUGCUCAAUGUUUUGGAUUCUUUUAAAAA